CCAGCAGCCAAAAGACGCAGCGAGAAAUAUUUCCUUUCCUCUCCCACCUGGACAGGACGACGCUGCAUUUACAGGCGCCGGCCUCGCUGUUCGGACGGUGGAGACCAGAACACAACUGACAACCCACCCACGACCCACCCAACCACCCUCCAAGGAGACAGAGCAGCAGUAGCAUGAGCGGCGGCGAGGAGGCGUUGAGCAAGGAGUACGUCAUCGGCGACGAGAUCGGCCGCGGCCGCUUCGGCACCGUCCGCCGCUGCUACUCCGCCGCCACGGGCGAGGCCUUCGCCGUCAAGUCCACGCCCAAGACGCCGCUGCGGGAAGCGGACCCGCUCGACCUCGCGCUCGCAGAGCAGGAGCCCAAGGUCCACCUCCUCGCGUCCGCCCCGCCGGCCAGCCGCCACGUCGUCUCGCUCCGCGCCACCUUCGAGGACGCCGACGCCGUCCACCUCGUGCUCGACCUCUGCGCGGGUGGGGACCUCUUCUCCCUCAUCUCCGCCCGCGGCCCGCUCCCGGAGCCUGAGGCGGCCGACCUCGUGGCCCAGCUUGCCGAUGCGCUCGCCGGGUGCCACCGCCGCGGGAUCGCGCACCGCGACGUCAAGCCGGACAACGUCUUCUUCGACGCCACCGGCGUGCUCAAGCUCGGCGACUUUGGGUCCGCAGAGUGGUUCGGGGACGGCCGGCCGAUGACGGGGCUGGUCGGGACGCCGUACUACGUGGCGCCGGAGGUGGUUGCCGGGAGGGAGUACAGCGAGAAGGUGGACGUGUGGAGCGCCGGGGUGGUGCUCUACAUGAUGCUGUCCGGGACGGUGCCCUUCUACGGCGCCACCGCGGGGGAGAUCUUCGAGUCCGUGCUCCACGGCAACCUGCGGUUCCCGCCGCGCACCUUCGCGUCCGUCUCGCCGGAGGCCAAGGACCUCAUGCGCCGCAUGCUCUGCAAGGACGUCUCCAGAAGGUUCUCCGCCGAGCAAGUCCUAAGGCAUCCUUGGAUGGUGACCCGCGGGGGAAGUGCGGCGGUGAGCUGAUUCAGAUGCUCCUCCACUCAAUCUGCUGUAGGUAGAGGCGUUCUUCUGAUAGGAGUAGAUCGAGGACUCCUCUUGCAGUUAAUUUUUGCUUUGUUUCUGGCAAUCGUCAAUGAACAGUAGUGUCGUAGUUUGUAGUAGCAGCAGCAGUAAUCUCGUGAAGCAGGAAUUUGGGGGCUUGCUGAGUUUGUUGGUCUUGUCUGUUCUUUGUAACUCAUGUACAGUCUUCUUCUGGCUGAAGAAGAUAGGACUAGACUUGUUCAAAAGAAAAAUCGGAAUGUUCAUGUACAGUUCAUUUC